AUGCCACCCAUAUAUGUGAAAGGUGGUGUAUGGACAAAUGUAGAAGAUGAGAUUUUAAAGGCUGCUGUUUCAAAAUAUGGGUUGAACCAGUGGUCUAGGGUUGCAUCGCUACUCGCCAAAAAAUCAGCCAAGCAAGCAAAAGCUAGGUGGAAUGAAUGGCUUAAUCCUAGUAUUGUUAAAUCAGAAUGGAGUCGAGAGGAAGAUGAGAAAUUAUUGAGUUUAGCUAAGUUGUUGCCUAAUCAGUGGAGAAGUAUUGCUCCUAUUAUCGGGCGCACUGCUACUCAUUGCGUUGAGAGAUAUCAAAAAUUAUUAGAAGACACUAAUGAUGUUGGAACCGAAGGCGAUGCAAAUGAUUUGGGAUUAUCAGGACCGGGUAUUGAAUCCUUGCCUGCUACCGGAUCGUCGCAUGUUGGUGAUUUGAAUAUAAAUCCGGAAAGUAAGCCAGCCAAACCUGACGAAGAAGACAUGGAUGAUGAAGAAAAGGAAAUGUUGAGUGAAGCAAGAGCGAGAUUAGCAAAUACUCAAGGUAAGAAAGCAAAGAGAAAAGCAAGAGAAAGGAUGUUGGAAGAGAGUAAGAGAAUAUCAUUGUUGCAAAAGAGAAGAGAAUUGAAGGCAGCUGGUAUGAAAGUGAGUCUAGAGUCAAAGAAUAAGAAGAGAAGACAGGAAUUUGACUACAAUGCAGACAUACCCCAUGAGCAUGAGCCCCAAUCUGGUUUAUAUGAUGUUGACGAGGAAAAUGAAGCAAAUCAUCUUGAAAGGAUUAAAUUUGAAAGAGAAGUUGCUAAGGAAGGAGUGCCGUUACAAGAAGUAGAUGAGAAGCAUAAAAAGCGAAAACAGGAAGCCAAAAAGGCUAAGAAUAAUGAUGCUAAGCAACCUCAAAUGAGUUUGGAAGCGGCAGCAGAGAUUUUUCAUGAGCGUGAGCAAGAGAUACUCAAAAAACGAAAGUUAGACUUACCAGCCCCGGAAAAUUCUUUGGAUAAUCCGUCUGUUUUAAUGGAACAGGGAUCAAACAACAAUUUGGGUGCCUCUCAUGAAGAAAGCAUAGAUGAUAGAAUUUUGAAAGCGACAAGAGAAUUGAAGAGAAACCAGACAACGAAGUCAAGUUUAUUGGCCGAAAAUACACCGGAUGUGAAGCAGGAGCCAUUAUCGAAAGAACUUCCGUCAUCUAAAUCAAAGACUCAAUGGAAAAAGUCUGUUUUAAGUUUAUUAAAGAGCUAUUUUGCAAAAUUACCAAAACCGCAUAAUGAUACUGGGAUCAUUUUGCCGAGCUAUGAACCCAAUGAGGAACCAAUAGAAACAUCAAACGAAAUGUCUUCUGAUAGUAGAGUUGAUCAAGGGGAAAGACUAAGAAACUUGGAAAUUUUACGUCAAGUAGAUGAAGAAAAGGCAAAGCUUAGGCGAUCACAGGCGGUGCAGCGAGAAUUACCUAUUCCUAAACCUUCUUCAUUGCAACAAGUCAAUGCAUCUAGUUCUUCCAAAUUGGAUUUAUUGAUAUUUAAUGAAAUGCGAGCUUUAAUAAACUCGGACUAUGCUAAAUAUGAAGAUCCCACUUACAAAUCUACCUUUAUUGAUGAUUUAGACGAGGAGAUUUUUGAUAUAGUUAAUAAUGAAAUCUCGCAGGAGUUAGAGAAUGCCGAAGCAGUCAAUGUUUCACCAAGAUCAAGUCAUCUUCCAAAAUCGUCUAAAGCGGCUGAGCAAAUCGUUUCUAAAUUGCAUGAGUUAUCCUCUGAGUCUUCUUCUAUUGAGAAUUCCAUAUCUGCAAGUAUAGAUAUUUCAUCUUACAGUUCUAGAGAAAAUAAUAUAUUACAGAGUAUUGGUAACCUCUACAACGAAUUGAAUAGAGCAGAUAUUGAAUUACAUGGAUACACAAAAAUGUUACAGGAGGAAGAAAUAAGUAUAGAUUCAAGAUCGAAAUAUUUGCAUGAAUUAGUUGAUGAUCUCGUUGAUAAUGAACACAAGAUGGAAGAAAAAGUUAGGAUCUUACGUAGGACUUAA